AUGCAAUCAUCAUUGGAUAAUCAAAAUCAAAUCAAAAUGAUUUAUAGAAAUCUUGGCAGCACUGGACUUCGGGUAUCUGUACUUAGUUUAGGUACAGAUGUGACUUUCGGUAAUCAAAUACCGGAUGAAAUAGCUGAGAAGAUAGUUACAGUAGCUUACACUAAUGGAAUUAAUGUUUUUGAGACUGGAGAAGCUUAUUCAAAUGGCGAGGCCGAAAGAACAUUGGGUAGAAUAUUGAGUACUAAAAAUUGGCGAAGAUCCAGUUUCAUAGUAUGCUGUAGAUUGUCAAAAAGUGGAGAUGCUGAAACUGAACAAGGUCUUUCAAGAAAGCAUCUUUUUGAAGGUCUUCGGUCUUCCUUAGAAAGACUUCAACUAGAAUACGUAGAUAUUGUGAUUGUUACACGUCAAAACGAAUCAUCGAUUCCAGUUGAAGAAGUUGUCAGAACUUGCACACAUCUUAUUCAUCUUGGUUGGACAUUUUAUUGGGGUACAUCUGGAUGGUUACCUUGUGAAGUUAUGCAAGCUCAAACAGUUGCCAGACAAUUCAAUUUAAUUCCACCAUCUGUAGAUCAAAAUGAAUUGAAUUUAUUGAAUAAAAAUUAUUUGCAGAAUAUGCGUGAAAUUUGUUUAAAACUAAAUAUUGGUAUUAUGACAGGAUCACCGUUAAGUGGUGGCAUUUUAACCGGAAAAUACAUUGACUGUAUACCGAAUUUUUCACGAGCCACAUUAAAAAAUCAAGAAGAUAUACGUGAUAAACUUCUAUGUUCAAAAGGUAUCAAUCAAAGGGAACAAGUUAAACAACUAUGUAAGAUAGCAAGUAGAAUGAAAUGUACUUGUGCACAAUUAGCUAUUGCCUGGUGUCUUCGCUGUUCACAUAUUAGCAGUGUUAUUAUCGGAGCGGCAACGGUUGAUCAGUUACAUGAAAACAUAAGAUCAGUAUUGAUUUAUCCACAUUUAAAUGCAAGUAUCAUAUCGGAAUUAGAUACACUAUUGAAUACAACUGACUCAAAUGAUAAUUUCCUUUAA